AUGGAUUCGAGAAAGCGACCUGCGCCAGGUGCAGAGCCCAUCGGGCCGCCAUACCAUCCGCUGAUGCCGCAGCCGUACAUGGCCGACGAUGCGGUAGUCGACACCCUCGGCCGCUGGAACGGGCCGAGCGACGGUGUCGAGUCCAUCGACCGUUCUGCUCUCAUCCCGUCGCAGCCAAGCCAAUACAGCAUCCAGGGAGGUCCGACGCCGUCAAACUCGCUCGCAAGGCGGCCCGUGAACCAGAUGCUGGUCCCGAUGAACUCCUCGGUGGAGCCGUGGGCGAGCUUGGCUGACAGCAUGGCUCUGCCGCAGCCCGCCAACAGGGACGGCCUGGUCGAGACGGACAAUGUCGAGAUGCUCGAGGAGAUGGCCGCCAAGGCGAAGCAGGAAUCACAGAACAAGCGAAAGCAGAUCCCGCCCUUCGUCCAGAAGAUCAGCAGCUUUCUCGAGGAGCAAAAAAACGAAGAGCUAAUCCGCUGGUCGGAAAAAGGCGACUCCUUCGUCGUGCUGGACGAGGAGGAGUUUGCCAAGACGCUCAUCCCCGAACUGUUCAAGCACAACAACUACGCUUCCUUUGUGAGGCAGCUCAACAUGUACGGCUUCCACAAACGUGUUGGCUUAUCCGACAACUCCAUGCGGGCCAGCGAGCGGAAGAACAAGAGCCCCAGCGAGUACUACAAUCCCUACUUCCGCCGGGGACACCCGAAUCUCCUGUGGCUCAUCAACAAGCCCAAGAACGGGAGCAAGGAAAAGGCCAAGAAGGGGGGCAAGAGCGCCGACGGCGAGGCCGACAGCGAGGACGACGGUCCUAUCGAUGACUCGAUGCCCAAGGGCCCGGCCGCGGCCUCGGCGACGGCGACGGCGACGGGUGGUCGUUCAUUACCGGCGCCGGAUGCGCAUGCGCAUCCGCAAACGCCCCAGAUGGCCUUGAUCAAGGACGAGCUGAACAGGGUUCGCGAGCAGCAGAACAUGAUACUCGAGGCCAUCAACCAGCUCCAGCGAAACAACCACGACCUUUACAACCAGGCGCUCAGGUUCCAGAAUCAGCAUGACCGCCACCAGAACUCCAUCAACGCCAUCUUGAACUUCCUUGCCAACGUGUUUCGCAAGACGCUGGAGGACGGCAACCACCAGAACGUCGGGGAGAUCAUCUCGAGCAUGAUGACGAACCAGAGCAGCCAACCUUCUCACCAGCAGGGUAGCGUCUUCGAUCUCGGGGACUUUGUCCAGUCUCAGGUCGAUUCCACCACGCCGCUCGGGGGAACGCACAAGAGAGCCCGCGGCCUGCUCCCCCCUAUCCCCCAGGCGAACGAAGCGGCGGGACGCAAAGGCGGGACGCCAUCGUCCGCCGGCGGCAGCACCCCGUUCUAUCCGGGAAGCUAUCAAGACGCCGAGAUGGGCCACGUCACGGAGCUUCUGGAUGCCGAAACGCCGCCGAGCCUGCGACAGGAGCUCGAGACGAACCCGCAGGAGCGCAUGAUGAAGAUCAUCAACGACCACAACGCCAGCAACACGUCGGGCGUGGACCUCCCGGAAGCGACCAAGAUUGUCAACAACACACCAACCACUCUGAAUUCGGACCAGACGAGCAAGCUGGUCGAUUUAAUGUCAAGGCAGAGAUCGCCUCGGUCCUCGACGACGCCGGCACCCGCCUCGACUACCCUAUCCACCUCGCCGGCACCCAAGAUGUCGGAAUCCGUCUUCUCGCCGUCGCCGCCGCCACCUGCGGCCGACCCGGCGGCGGCGCUGGCUCUGUCUCCCACUGUGCGAUCGCCGACGAUGCAGCCGCCGUCUCUGAACCAGAUCAACGCGAACCAGAUGGAGGUCAGCCAGCUGCAGCAGCUGCAGAGCCAGCAGGAUGCCAAGAUACACGAAAUCAGCGAGAUGCUUGGCCCCUUGAGCCCCUCGGGUCACAUUCCCGGGCUCGAAGAAGGCGGCGACAGCUACUACUUCCCGCCGGCCGUCGACCUGGAUCCGUACUUUGAUAGCAGUGCCUUCCUGAACGAGGUAGAUUUCGGCAACGGCGACGACUUCAACUUUGCCAUCGACGCAGCCGAUGCCAACAACGGCGGGAGCAAGCGGGCGGCCAAGGAUGUGCCGAGUCCGACCAGGACGGAGGAGAUUCACAGAGAGGAAUUGGAGGGUGCGCCAAGUCCCGGCCACGAUGACAAGAGGCGGCGGAGGGAUUAG